AGCCACUUGGAGAAAAGACACGGGACAGAAAACAACAACUGAAUCAGCUCGGUUCUUUAUCCGUCCGUCUUCAUCAAAACAAGAUGAAAACAUUAUUAUUGUUGCUUCUUUUCUGUCACGUUUCAUCACCAGUCAAACACUCCCUGAAGUUUUUCGUCACUGCAACGUCUGGAUCAUUAACUCUCCCAGAGUUAAUGAUCUCUCUUGUGGUCGAUGAUGUUCAUGUGGGUUACUGUGACACCAACACACAGAAACCAGACAUAAAACUGGACUGGGCGAAAAACUUUUUUGAUAAGAACCCCGAGGACCUGAAGUGGUUCGCUGCAGAGUGUUCGGAGGUUCUGCCUACGUCCUUCAAAGACAGGAUUUUUUUGUUGAUGCAGGUCCUCAACCAGAGAGAAGGUGUUCACAUUUUACAGAGGAUACAAGGCUGUGAAUUGUUUGAAGAGACUGGAGAGGUUAAUGGUAUUUUGCAGUAUGGUUAUGAUGGAGAAGAUUUCAUAUCACUGGACCUGAAGACACUGACGUGGAUCGCUCUGAAACCAGAGGCUGUCGCCAUCAAACAGAGAUGGGAUGCUGACAAAGCUGGAAUAAAAAGAUAUGAGAAUCUUUUAACUCAGUUUUGUCCUGAGUGGCUGAAGAAGAGUAUCGACUAUAGGAAGAGCUCUCUUCUGAGAACAGAUCGUCCCUCAGUGUCUCUCCUCCAGAAAACUCCCUCCUCUCCAGUCAGCUGCCACGCUACAGGUUUCUACCCUGACAGAGCCAUGAUGUUCUGGAGGAAAGAUGGAGAGGAGCUUCAUGAGGACGUGGACCGAGGAGAGAUCCUCCCCAACCAUGAUGGAACCUUCCAGAUGAGAGCUGACCUGAACAUUUCAUCAGUCUCACCUGAAGACUGGAGGAGGUACGACUGUGUGUUUCAGCUCUCUGGUGUGAAGGAGGACAUCAUCACCAAACUGGACAAAGCAGAGAUCAGGACCAACAGGGUUCCUCCCUCAGAGUUUCCUGCUGCUGCUGUCAUUGGAGUUGUUGUAGGACUGCUGCUCCUGCUGCUCUGCAUCUCUGGACUCUUCAUCUGGAGAAGGAACAAUAAUGGCUUCAGACCUGCAAACACUUCAGACUCUUCACCUCCACCAGGCAAAGCCUCUAACUGAUCACAAGCGUCCCUCAGUGUCUCUCCUCCAGAAGACUCCCUCCUCUCCAGUCAGCUGCCACGCUGGCUGCUUCUUUAGUCUAGCCAGUAGCCCCGCCCCCCACCCACCCCACAACAAUCCAUGAAAAUCCCAGAAAUCCCCCAGUAUACUGUGUAUCCUUGUUCUGUGCUGUAAUCUGAUGUUUAUCAAGUCGUGACAACUAUACACAUACUUUGCUUGACAAAACUCAACAACAAAUAUAAUAUGAGCAAAUAUAACAUAGGCCUACACACCUGUAAACACCAAACUAGAGAGCGAAGAGCUGCUGAACAAUUGCAUACUACCAGCUUACUGGCCUGUUAAUUCUAGUUUGGACCAGUUCACUCCAACAUUAACUAUAAACUCUCUUAACUUGUCCAUUUGUAUAUUUGUCAUAACAGUUUACCAAAGAAGAUUAGAUGAGGAAAGUGAAUUCUAAUUCAAUUACUCUGGCAUUAAUUCACAGUGUAAAUAUCCCUGUAUUGUGGUUGAAUGUGUCAGUAAUAAUGUCAGUUCUCCUGAUGGUGCUGUGGCCCAAAUGUAGUAAUAAUUUAAUUUCAUUUUAAAUAAUUUAGAAAUGAUCUCUGAUCUGUGAAUUCGACCAAGGCAUUUUCAUUCUUCUUUUUUUGGCACAGAGGCAUCAUGUUGUCCGUUCGUCCUUCUAUUGAUCCAUUUGUCCCAUUAUGUUGAAUUCUGUAUCUCAUGAAUGUAUUCAGAGAAUGUCUUGGUGGUCAAAGGUCAAAGGUCACUGUGACCUCACAGACCAUGUUUUUGGCCACACUAGUUAACUGCUAUAGAACCAGUAGUAGAAGCAUAUAACCUCCAGGCAGUAUUUCUAGUUUUUUAUACGAAUGUUGUUUGAUAAUGAAUUACACCAGUCAGGUUUUAAUGUGUAGUCUUUAACCCAGUGUAUUAAAUAUCUGUGUAUGUAUUUCAAUAACUGUGCACUUUGUUUCAGAGAACAUUUUCUCUGAGCUGCCGUUAUAUUCACUUUAUUUUUGUUGCAUUUAUUUACAAUCAUUUGUUUUAGAAUCUGAUUUUAUUUAUUUAUUUUUUUUAUUAAAGUUAAAUCAUGUGUCUGUUAAUGUGGAUGAUCAGAAGUCUAAAGAAAAAAUAUUUCAGUGCUUAUUUGUAUACUGUAUGUUGCUGUGUAUUACACUGAUUUCAAUGUGUUUAUCUACCUGUGAAUACAGGACAUUUUAGAUUAAACCACUGAAUGAUAAGUGUUUAACUAGAGCAGCAGAGAGCUGAGAAAAGACAAACUGAGAUAAUAUCAACAUUUUCACUUUAU